GGUCGACAAAAAGGCUUUCGAUUUGAAGGAGAGCAUCUGGUUCGUGAUGGGAUCCCUCACCAUGUCCGGGGCAGGUGUUCCUCCUAAAAGCUUUUCCGCACGCCUCCUGGUCGCUGGAUUCUGGUUCUUCUCUAUCAUCAUGAUGUCCACGUUCACCGCCAACCUGGCCGCUUUCCUCACCGUGUCCCGCAUGGGCGUCGCCAUCAGCUCCAUGACGGAGCUAGCCUCGCAGUCCGACAUCAGGUACUCCGUGGUCGCCGAUUCCUCAGUGAUGACCUACUUUAAGAGAAUGGCUGCCAUUGAGGAGAGCUUCUACACCAUCUGGAAGGACAUGAGCAUGGGCGGUGGGAACAACAGCUUGGCGGUAUGGGACUACCCACUCGGGGAUAAGUACGUCAAUAUCUGGAAGCACAUGGAAGGCACUGGACUCUUCAACUCCACCGACCACGCUGUCAACAGUGUGUUGAAUGAUAACGUCGCCUUCAUUACAGAUUCGCCAAUCAUCAAGUACCUCACGUACGGGAACUGUGAAUUGGCUGCGGUAGGGGACAUGUUCAGCGUGAGGCCCUAUGCGUUUGCUCUGAAGGAAAAGUCUGUGUACACCAAGAAAAUAUCGUCAGCGUAAGGACCUACACUGAAUAUUCACACUCUGCAAACCAAGUUUUCACAAGCUGCAGAAAUUUUAUUGAUUGUAGAAUGACUUUGGCGUCUUUCAAGGGGCAUUUUUUAAAAACAGAAACAGUCUGUCUUCCACAUGCACUAGGCUGUUGUGUUUCGGCGUUUGAAUCAAACAUGGCGUUGGAGUGUUUCAGCACCCUUGUUUUUCGCUGUUUUUGACAGCGUUUCAUUUCACUCCAACUCAACGAAUAUUUAAUCGGUUGCUUCACUGCAUGUUCCAAAAUGUCGUUUAAAAUGCCCAUUUAGCACGGAAACAAAUUCAUUUACCUUAGAGUAUAAAUGACCUCACCACGUUUAUGUUUACAUAUGACUAUCAAAUUUUAGAGUGUUCCCAUACUUUUUGUUUGUAGUAUAUCUUGUCUUCAGAAUGCCACAUCAUACGACUGGGUUUUCCGAUAUAGAACAAUCGCCUAUAUGUGACAUUUCAAAUUUGAAAAUACGUACAUGGUGGCAUGUUUGUGACAUUACAAUGUUGGUGGAGACACCAUCGUUAUUCAGACAAAUACCUCCCCCAUUCACCCGGCCCACAGAUGACAUGUAGCAAAAACUGAGGCGUAGGAAAGUACAUUAUUCGUCCUACCCAAACGAACAUGUUAAUGCCACAUAUUGUAUUGUGAAAUAUACUACCCAUCAAAAGUUUAGACUCACCAGUGUAAAUGUAGCCACUUACU